UUUCGGAUCAUGCAAUUUUCCGCUAACAAUAAGUACAGCUUGUCAAGAUGACGCGAUGGGGACACGUGCGUAUUGUCAGUUGACGAUUUCUGUACAACUAACAAUAAAGCCGAGUCCCUCUCGCCGAUGCAUCUCGUCCCCCUUCGUGCACUUCUUCCCCCCCACAAAUUUCCAAUACGUUGGCGAAUUAACAUGAGUGUGUUCGACACGCGCUAUUACAGUGUAACGAAACUGUUCGCCUCGAUGGUCGGUAUUUGGCCGUAUCAGUCGCAGUUUAGAAAAAAGAUCAUCCAAUCGGUCAGCAUGUUCGUAAUGUUCACGUUUGUUCCGCCUCAGGCGAAGAGACUGUACGACGUGUGGGGAGAGGACAUCGACGCCAUGUGCAUGUGUUUACCUCCUAUCGUGAUCAUUUUAGUGAGCACGGCUAAAGUAAUGACCAGCGUACGAUUUGAAUCGGAGGUGAAAGAGCUGCUGCACCAGAUUGAGACGGACUGGAAAAUAAAUCCGACGACGGAGGAGUAUAAGAUUUUAGUGAAUUACACGUCGAAGGCAAGAACGUUGUGCAUCAUUUACUCAACUAUGUUGUGUAACGGACUCAUGUGUUUUAUCAUGAUGCCGAUGAUCUCGCCGUUGCUGGACGUCAUCUUACCCCACAACGAAACGCGCGAGAGGAGCCUGGCCUACGACCUCGAUUACGGGAUUGACGUUCAGACUCACUGGCUGUGGCUGUGGCUGCACAGCAGUACGACGUCGACGGCGACUAUGUUGAAUAUCAUUGGCGCCGAUCUGAUGUACGUUACGCUUACCGUUCACAGUUGCUGCUUGUUUGCGAUAGUGAGACAUAAAUUGGAGCACGUUGCCGAUUCAAUCAGAAAACAUGUCAUGCAAUCUCUAGAGGAUUAUAAUUAUAAUGUUAAAUGCUAUGUGAAAUAUGAAAACCAGCAGCUAAAAUUAAAGGAACAAACUGCUGCCGUGAGAGAAUGCGUCAUUAAUCAUCAAAGAGCAAUACAGUUGCUGUGUGCAACUGUUACACUGCAUUUACACGUGGUGUUUCCUCGCCAUAUUGGGCAUGAACCUAGUCGUAAUAAGUAUCUCGGCAGUUCAAUAUAUUUUAUCAUAAUUAUAACAUUUUAUUUGCUAAUUCCAUUAAUACCAAAAAUCUUGGAUGUCGUACAUCCGCUAAAUGAGUCGCGGCCAUUGGCAUUCGUGUAUCAGGCUGAAUAUAGAGUGGACAAAGAGAAGUAUUAUUAUCCAAUUUUGUUCCAUUCUUACGCUCUGAGUGUAAUUACAGUAACAAUUUUAUUCUCUGUCGAUACCACGUAUAUAAUAUGUGUAUUGCAUGCUUGCAGUCUAUUUAUAGCUAUCAGCCAGCGUCUUGAAAGUAUUACUGGCGAAAUAGACACAUCAAACGACAACGAAAUAAUACACAAAAAAACGCAUUAUCAUCUAUUGAUGGAGAAACACGGUUCUGCCGGCAAUGAUUACAGUGAAUUGAUAACGUGCUUAAAAAAACAUCAACUUGCAUUAGAACAUGUUAAGAUACUGAACGCCACGUUCACUCAAGCGACAUUUAUUCUUCUUGCUAUGAAUACGCUGCUUUUGAGUGUGAUCGGAAUACAGCUUAUAAAUAAUCUGGAGCAUACUGAAGAGGUAAUAAGAUAUAUUUUUAUAACUUGCGGUGUGUUUACUCAUCUCAUAUGCAUGUGUAUUCCCGGACAAUUGCUGAUAGAUCAAAGCACAGAAGUAUUCGAUAAGGCAUACGGUUCAGCAUGGCAUACAUUUUCAAUGAAAACUAGAAGUUUAUUAAGAGUACUUCUUUACAGAAGUCUCACCCCGUGUACCCUCACAGCUGGGAAGAUGUUCGUUAUGUCAAUGACUAUGUGCAGUUCGAUUGCAUAUAUGCUUAAGCACGCGGAUGAUCUGGACAGCAUGUUCGAGCUCAUGCCAACUCUAGCUGGCACGGUGAUAUGUGUCAUGAAGAUCAUCAGCUUAACUGUCAACUCUGAAAUGUUUAAGGGUCUUCUGCAACAUAUGCAGAAUGACUGGGACAAUCUACUGACGAGUGAGGAAACGCAAAUUUUAACGCAUCACGUCGAAAAGAGUCGAAAGCUCACGUUGGCGUAUUCAAGUACGAAUUCAAUUUCGCACUGGAAUAUCGUGUUUGCGUAAUCGGGUUUAUAUGGUGCUACGCUUUGAUACCUCUUACCGCACCUCUAUUCGACAUCAUCUUACCCUUGAAUGAAACAAGACCAAAAAAACUGCCACAUCUCGCGGAUUUUGUCAUUCUCGAUCAAGAGAAAUAUUAUUACGCGAUUUUGCUAAUCUCAUAUGUCGGUUAUGUUAUGUGUACUUUGAUUGCGGUAGCUACCGAUACAUUGUACAUUUUUCUGGUGGAGCAUAUUUGCGGAAUGUACGGCAUACUGUGUCAUCGCCUGAAAAAUUUAACGAUACACGAUGAUUUACAAUUGAUAGAUGGUAAUUACAUACACAAGGAAAUCGGUCAAUAUGUUCGACGUUGCAUUCAAUUACAUGAAAGAAUCAGACUGUUGAUUUAUAGAGAUGAUGGAAUCUACAAUCGCGUUGUUUCUAUUUUUCGACGUUGGAUUAGGAUUUUUAUUGCACACUUCUUCAUGCAUAAUGAUCAUAGUUCGAAUGGGAUCGUCUGAAAUUAUGCGAUACGUGGCUCUCGUGAUAAUGCAAAGCUGCCGAUUAUUUUUCAACAGCUGGGCCGGGCAAGAAGUGACCGAUUG